AUGAGGGUCAGCUCGCCCUUCAGAUCCUCGCCCAGCAAGGCGAAACAGUCCCGCCUUCAUGAUGAGGACGGCUGCUUUAUGCGUGGUCUCCCGGAGACACCACCGAACCCGCCCCCAGGCCGCAAACGAUUCAGCCCCAUCAAGACCAAAACCUCCAAGAAACAGCUCGCCCAGCAACAGCACUCCCUGUGUCCCACCCCAGCGGCAGCAGCAGUCACACAACCCCGAUCCCGGAAGAGCAGCAGCUCGUAUAGAAAGCCGCUCCUGAGCCACCAACAGUCGCGAACAGCGUCCAAUUCCACAACCCACCACCAUAGGAUCUACCUACCGGAGAGUAUCUCAUUCACUCACCAGCAGCGGCACACGCUGUGCGCUGAGGACGAGAAUGAUAACGACGACGACGAAGAACAAACAGAGGAGGAGCCGUCGCCGUGCGUGGAGAUCGUCUCCCGCAAGGCUACGGCCAAAAAGCUCGGGCUGGCGUCGCGGGUGAGGCGGCGGCUGCAGUUUGCGACGGCUGCGUCGGCGAUGAGUAGUCCAAAGGGGUGGAUGUCGCCGAAGAAGAAGAAAAAAGAUCGGAAAGAGUCGAUGCGUAAAGGGUUCCAGAGGUUGGACACGGCGGAGGGAUCGCCGGAGGAUGUGUUUCGAGAUUAUCAGAGGGAAGGGUUGGUUUGUGGGUCGUAA